GGGGAGCUUUCUUCUCGCUGACUGAGAUGCGCGCGGCUCCGACGCAGCGGAGGUCGCGAGGCUUCUGGUGAAUUACAAUUGGCACGCGGAGCCACCAUGAACCAAAGGCUUUUUCCCCCGGCGUGAAACCAAUUCCCGCACGCUUUGCAAACUGUAGCAUUUUUCCAGCAUUCUGGUUCCGGUCUGAAAUCUGGCGCAGGGAUGUUUUUGCCCACCUGAGUUGUGCUAAAAGGAAAAAGACCUUGGAAGGCAUCGGUCAUGCUCUCUGAACUUGACUUCAGCCACCUGAGCCGGGGUGCUGUGCCUCCUCUUUUCACUCCCAUGAUCAACACUUCGCCCAUUUUUAUCUACUGCUGAUUUGGAAGAAAAAUGCUCCUACCUCCAAACCUCAAGACCACAGAUGGCUGCAAGGUAAGGGUGUGGCUUGGAGAGUGAGUUGUGUCCCCAGAAGUUACUUUGGAUGGAGGUCAAAGGACAUCUGAUAACAUCAAUGGGUUUGGGGACUCCUGAUGUUCAAGGCUGCCAGGAUGGCAAGCUCCAGGCCGAGAGGAUUGCAGCUCUGCAGGAGAGAAAGCAGGCCCUAGAGGCUCUCCUUAAUGCCAGAGUGGGGGAGCUUAAACAAGUGUGUUUGCAGGAAGCGGAGCUGACUGGGAAGCUGCCACAUGCUUUCCCUCUGGAGGCUGGAGAGAAACCCCCGAUGGUGCAGCGCAGAGCUGGCCUGGUGCCGAGCACCAAGUUAGAGGAUGACUCUGGCCAAAGAAAGCAGAUGAAGGCAAUCUUCACCGGCGCUCUAUGCAGACACUCCGAAACAGACAGAAAUGGCCUGAAUAGCAAGAGGACAGUCCAUAGGGGAUGUCAUACAGAGGACACUGUGAUGUCAGAAAGUACCAGCUCUAUGUCAGAUUCAACUUCACAUGACAACGAUUCUUCUCCCAGCGUAGCUGCUGAUCAACGGGUGUCGUCUCAGGCUCGGCUCACUGUGGGCAGCCCUGACCACAGAAUCAACAGGAAGCUGUCUCCUGUUGAGAUUUACUAUGAAAUGAGAACACGUCGCAAUUCAGUCACAAGCUCCAUCAGUCCAACUCACUCUUUACCUAGAAGUGCUUCUAAUGUUGAAGGUAGAAGUGUUCCAGCAACGCCCCUGUUGGCUCGAACUGCUCCAAUCAGCGUUCAUGUCAGGUCAGAUGUGUCUGGUAGUAAUGGGUUAAAGCAGUGGUCUGGCAGCUUGGAUGCACCGUAUAUUAUCCCACUGGCACAGGAGGGCUCCUCUUCUGAUCGCCGAAGCUGCCCCUACAGCUCCAGAGCAAGGCGCAGUAACAGUUCUGAGGCUCUCCUGGAUAGAUCUAGCCUACCAGAUGAUCCUGGACCCAGAAAUGGUAUGCCCCAUAGAGGAGGACCAUACAAGAGCUCAGAGACCCUGACUGAUGGCAAAUUGCGACAAAUUCAGCUAGAUAGCUCAGAGUGUCCAGGUGACAGCCCUAUGGAGCAGGGUAAAAUGCGUCUGUCAGUGGGUGGCAGAGGGGCCAGCGGAGGCUACAAUGAACUACUGAUGGACUAUAUCUGGGGUAAACAGCAGAGGAUGCAGGUGCAACACCAGCUGUACCAGUCCACUGGCAGAAUAUGGCAGGACAUGUCCUCUCCUCGGUCGUCCACUGCGGCUGUGCCUCCACAUGCAAAUGGAUUUUCCCAUUCCCAGGUUAACCUUCCCAGUGCUGCAAGUCCUUACAGCCCUAUGGUCCUCAGAGGAUCCCAGGCAGAGCUCCGUAGGGUCAAAGUUACCAGGACCAAAUCUUGUGGGCCUUUUAUUCCUUUACAGCAACAUUCCCCAGAUGGCAUUUUGCUAUCAGCGUAUGAGUCCCCUCUUCCCACCACUGGCACCAACACAUCCUCCAUUCCCAAUCUUCUCCCAUAUCAGACUGAGCUGUCUGGGCCCUCCUUUGGCCGUAGGCCGCCGCAGUUUUCUCUUCCUACUCCAGAAGAUUCAACAAGAAGCCUACAUAAAGCUCUUGCCCUGGAGGGACUUAGGGACUGGUACUUAAGGAAUGCCUUUGGCUACCCUCCUACUGCCUCAAAGGGCCAUGAAGCAGGCAUCUCUCGGCUCUCGCACCCCCAUCCUCUGGUGCACCAGGCCCAGUCGCUUCAAGGGGAACCAGCCAACCUCCAAAGGCCUCAAAUACCCCAGUCAGCAAGUUUCCAUGGUCACCCCCUUCAUGGACGGUCAAUGGAGUUUUCUCUCUUUCAGGAGACCCCAGAUCCACAAAAGCAAGAGACUACUCCAAAGGAAGCGAGUGCAGAUCCGGGGACCCUGGUCUGAAGCAGAAGGAUGCACUCAGCCUGAAAACCAGACCUGAUGCAACGUAUCAGUAGAAACGCUGUAGCCUCAUCUUGACUUGAUAAAGUUGAAAGUGGAUACAAAUUGACCUCAUUAACAAAGCAAAACACAGCAACCUCAUCAGACAGAAACUGAAGUGUAGCUGUACAGUUAAAAAAAAAGAAAAAAAAAGAAAAACUUUGAAGAGUCUCUUGUUUUCUGUCUGAUUCCAGCAGUAUAACUUCUAACCCAGUGUUUCUGUAUGAAUGUGCACUGGUGCUGACUUGUUAAACGUCUAAUAACAAAUACAUCUGGUCCUAUUAACCCUGAAAAUUCUCCUAAGAUAUACUUUUUUACAGAAUAUAUACAUCUCUAAAUAACUAUUUUGUAUAUUCUGAUAUAAAAAGCUAUAUUAGAGGGUAAUUUAUCUCUUCUCAAAGGUGAUCAACAGUUAUCUCAUUCCAUAGUAACAUGACAUUUCUUUUCUAAUCUUGUAAAAUGUAAAGAUAUCCGUCAUUGUUCAUGUACCAUUAAUUCCCUGGCAUUUUUAAAAACAAUAUUUCUGAAAGUUAAACGAGCAGUGAAAUAAAGUGACAUGCUGUUCAGACAGAUGUGCAAAGAUGUUUACAAAUGCUGCCUUGCAAAAGUAUUCACCGAAGAUGUACUUUUUCACUUUUUGUCACAUUAAAACUAAAAAUAUUAGUUAUAAGAUUUUAUUUGGCUGACCAAAACGAAGUGGUGCAAAGGUUUGAAUAUGAAAGAAAAGAAUGGAGAUUUUUUUAAACUAAAAAAGGAGGUGUACAUUAAUAUGCCUUCUUCCUUAUUCUGUCCCAAACUUGUUGCAACAUGCUGCCUUUUUAAUGCCAUCAAAUCAGUGCAAAUGGGACUCAUCUGUAUUUAAUAAACUCUCAGUAGUUCUGUAAACGCCUUAAUAGUGGUGUGGGGAUACAUUUCUUUAGUGUAGCAGAAGAUGGGCUGAGUUGAGGGGAAACGUGUGAUGCAUUAGAGGCAUCAAAAAUCCCUAACUGUUAUUACUUUAACUUACAGCAGGAUGGUGACUCUCAUAGCGCUACGAUGAGAUGUUACAUCAAAACAUAUUGUGUUGAACUGGCCCAAUUGCAGCUCUAUGGAAAGACUUGCAUCUGUUACUGUCAAACAAAUCCACCACCUCCUUACUUUUAUCCAGAUUUGAACUGUGAAA